GACUCCGUUUGAUGAGCUGAGGGCCGAGGUUUCGGUGAAAGACUUGAUGUGUUUCUUACUGGUUGCCAGUUUACAGAGGAACCUGAAGACCACUGGCGAUGAGGGACAUGACGUGGAUUUACGCUGUGGUCGUCUUCCUGUCGUCUGAAGCUCGCGGCGUGGAUACAGGAACUAAUCAAAGCAAAACAGUGAACUCCAGCAAAGUUUAUGUUGUCAGACAUGUAGCUUUCCGCCGGGGGAGUGAAGUGAACCUGACGUGCAGCAAUAAGACGUGGAAUGACUUGAUGUUCGUGGUCUGGGUUAUGACAUUGCAAACCAAAAAAACCUGCAGAAUAGCUUUUGAGAGCCGUGGCGAAAGCUACGAUUCCUGCAAAGAUGGCAAAUCCCUCCGAAACACCUCCGGCGCCUUGUCCUACCUUCACAUCUCAAAGUUUUCCGAUGCCGACGAGGGGCUAUACAAGUGUGAGUCGGUUUACACAGGAGGGAACGACCAUCAUGCCAUCCACGUGACUAUCAUAGUUGCUCCCACUACAUCCGCCUGGUUGGAGCAUAAAGACAACACGAUGGUGGCGGUGUGCAGGGCUGAAAGAGGAAAACCUGCUGCCAUCAUCAGCUGGAGUCACACGGGGAACAUCUCCUCGGUGGAAACGGGCUCAAAUGGAUUCUUAACAGUUGAAAGUCGCCUGGAGCUCCUGGAGGGAACGGACACAGGAAACUUGAGCUGCGUCGUCAGGCACCAGAACUGGACAGAGACAAGAUUCUUGGCACUGAAACACGAACAAGGUCAUCCCCCUUGGCUCUACGUCCUCGUUGUCGGGGUAAUCGUUGUGCUUUUAGCAGGAUUUUUAUUUUUCGCACAUAAAAAAAUAAUAACCUUGAGGCGGUGCCGGCAGUCCGACCCCUCAUCCUCCAAGUGUCCCCCGGCCGAGGACGUGGAGGAAGUGGAGCCCUACGCCAUCUACGUGCAACGAGUGAACUCCAUCUAUAGCUCAUCUGCAGACUUGUUCACAUAAAACCCCGCUCACGCCUCACACACACAUUUAAAUGCACAUUCUGUUUUUGAGAAAUGUUGAAAUAGUAAUGAAAGAGGAGAGUGAGAUUAAAGACUUCUGCUCAGAGAGGGAAGUCUCUCAGUUAAACUCUUCUGUUGACGUGUGUUGGGGUCAUGGUUGACGUGCGACAUGGAGAACAUUAAUGAAACAUUAUUAAAGUUCUCCAUGUUCUCCUCUUACAAGUGAAAAUUAUUUCUUAUUUGGAAAGAAUAUCGCCUUCAGCUGUACUCGAUGUGCCAAGACUACAGAACGUUUGAUAUAAUCAUGAAAUAUAUGGGUGGGAAUGAUAAUAAUAAUAAUAAUAUAUAGGUGGGAAUAAUAAUAAUAAUAAUUAUUAUUAUAAUUAUAUAUACAGUAUAUAUAUUAUUAUAUUAUAUUAUAUAUUUAUAAACUGUCACCUUUUAACAGAUUCUAACUGUGGUCAACCACAUAAUAUCCCAAUUGGAGAACACGGGUGCCUGAAGAUAAUGUGGACAAUAUUAUGUGAGGUAUUCAUGUAUAAUUAUGUAAUUGUGUGUAUUGAACACAUGUCCAUUGAAGCGGAGCUCUUUAAAACAACAGUAAAAGUAAACAAGUACAGGA